UUGAAGGCGCUCACCUGGCUGGGGACUCACGAGCAGCAGGAGAAGGAGAGCCGGAAGUCCUCGUCUGGGAAUAAAGAAUAACUUUGAACAAUAUCAGCUCGCGACCUGUUGUUCUCUGAGUAAUUGUUGCCUUGUUUUCUUCUUUUUCUUUUGCACCGCACCUGAGACGUUUACUGUCCCGCGGACAGUGCGCUUUCAUUAUUACAAGUUAGAGCCAGGAGGCACUUCCGGGUUGGGACUUCAGCCAGGAUUACAGCACUGGUAGUUGGAAGCAAACCAGCAUGGACGUUGAGAUGCAGGCCAUCAGGAGGAAUGGGAACGAUGGGCCAGCAUAUUAUUGUAAUGAACCGGUGACAGCAGGGAAUGGGGGUGGUGUGGCCUGCAGGAUCCCUGAUGCAACAGAGAACCACAGCUUGCUUUCUGAACAGUCUCUUUGUCAGACUACCAGUAGGAAUGGGGAGACGGGGCCCUCUGACCAUGCAACAGAAGCUCAAAGGACUCUGGGAAAUACAUUCACUCUUCAAGAGAUGACCUCCGUGUGCAGGAAAAGCAGAGAGAAGAUCAAACUAUGGCUGAUCGUCGCCUCCGUCUUAGUCUUCAUCUGUGCCGUGAUUGUGAUUUCGCUGGUCGUGUGCUCAGCGAUCCACGAGGACGUGGAUGAGAACUUUGACAGCUCGUUGUUUACCGUUCCUCGGUCUUUCAACGGGAGCUUCCGACUGCCCAAUCAGACCUUCACAGAAGAACUUUUCACCCUUUCUUCCAAUGAAAGCCAAGUACUCACUGCUGGCCUUCAAGAAAAGCUGUCUGACCUCUACAGAACCUCCCCUGCUCUGGGACGAUACUUCUCCGGAGUAGAGAUACAUGCUUUCAGGAACGGGUCGGUCAUCGCUGACUACCAGCUGACAUUCCUCAUGCCUGAAGAGCAGCAGGAUCAGCUGAGAAACAUAACCCUGAGCAGGGAGAUGGUGUACAACGUGUUCAGGCAGUUCCUCAACGACCAGGAGGCGGAUGAGUCGGGGCAGAUGUACGUCGAUCCAGCUUCCCUGAACAUGUUUCUAAGACACUAGGACAACUGGUGUAGCUUGCUUUUUUCAAACCUCACUGAAGUGAGAUACUGCUACAGUGAGGGGGG